AGAYGCUCCCUCAGGUGUGAGUCCAGCCGUCACUGGGAUGUCUGGCUGUCCUCCUUUUCUUUCAGGUCAUGAAUCAAUAAUUCAUCCGGUCAUAUCAAUGCCGCCUACUCCCUUUGCACUUGCUUGCUCUCUCUUUCCAUGAAAACAGGUGAUGACAAGACAGCAAAGGAGCUUGUUAAUGGAUAGUUAAAAAACAACAACAAGGGCAGGGAAAGGUGUCAUUGGUUUUGAAACAGCAGCAGAAAAGGAGGUACUGCAGUGAAGGGGACUUUCUCUGUAGACUCUCAGAUCAGGAGGACCUGUUGAAACCUUUUCAGAACACUGAAUGGGAACAAAAACCUUUGACAAAUAUUUCAUCUUUUUCUGACGAACUGUUUUGCUUUUGUUUGCCCGUUUAAAUUUGACUUUCGCUUUAUAAUUAGUCGCAAUGUCAGGACUCAGCAGUGACCAAUUGCACAAAUCAACUUUAGGUGUCUACUCGAACCUGAUGGAACAUUUUAACCCCGGUCUUCAGAAACUCGUUGCACUUGGAAACAGCUACGUCAAAGCUUUCCAAGCCUUAGCCAUCUCCAGCGAGGCCUACUUCAGUGCUGUGGCUAAGAUGGGUGACCAGGCCAUACACACACUUUCAUCCCAUUCUCUUGGGGAUGUCCUGAUCCAGAUAUCUGAAACGCAGCGGAGACUCACUGCAGAGAUGGAGGGAGUGUUUCAGUGGUUCCAGAUUGAGGUGUUGCAAGCAAUGGAGAAGAAUAUCAAGCUGGAUGAGGAGUACAUUGAAGGGAGUCGCAGAGUGUACGAGCUGGAGGUGAGGAACCAGGCCGAGGCUUUGGAGAAACAACUCAGACGAGGAACCUUCAGAGACUCUCUGGAGAACAGCGAAUACAUGAUCUACCUAAAGCAAAGCCAGCAGGAGAUCCUGAAAGAGGAGGAGAGGAGGUAUCGCUUCUUGGCAGAGAAGCACUGUGGCCUCUCCCAGUCACUGCUGUUUCUUAUAAACAAGACUGGUGCAUCCCUGCAGCAGAAGGCAGAUGGAUGGAAGGAGAAGGUGAAUGAGACCAGAGGGUCCAGACCUCGAACUCCCAACCAUUUGGAUCAAGAGGCGCAACUCCGAGGAUCAGUGAACUCCCUGCUGCAAACAGUAGCCAGAGAUGAGGAUAUGUCCUGGGCCAAGCGGGAGCAGCUGGCACUGGGUCGAGUGCCCUCGAGAGCACCAUCUCCCCUUCCCAGCCGCUCCCGCUCCAGCUCGGUGGGGGAAUCUUUGGGUUUGGGUGGAGGAAGAACCAUGAAAGCCGUGGUGUCUCACCCUUCCUCAUCCAACCCCAAACUUCUGCCUUUCAGUAGAGGAGAGACCAUCAUUGUGCUGGUGCAGGAGCCACGGAAUGGCUGGUUGUAUGGACGCACAGACAGCAGCCUGCG